CUGCUCCGGCUCCCCGAACCCAAAGGGGAUAAGGAAAUCGCUCUCGUGGGGAGCAGCGGGACCCCGGCACACUCGGCCUCGGUGCCGAGCAGGAGCCGCGUGGGGCUGAGCAUCCUGCCUGCGUGGGGGACAAUGGGGCAGGGGUUUCCCGAGGAGCGAUGGAGACCCAAACCCCUCGGUGCACCGGAGGCGACUGAAAUCGCUGCGGGAUCGGGAGAGGAGCCCGGCGCGGGCGGCAGUGGCAGCCCCUGCAUGUGCACGGGCAGGCGGCCAAGCCGGGGCGACGGGAGAACAAAACUCUCUUUCCAUCUGUGAGAAGCCAUCAGAGCAAUGACACGAGACGUCCCCAGCAGAGACGUCCCUGCCUAUCAGCGACCCGGCCCCGUGGGGAGGGUCGGGAGGAGGAGACGGGGUGGUGGUGGUUGCUCCGUGUUGUUUGCCGGGUGUUUGUGGGUUGUUUUAUUUUUUUUUUCAUUUUGUGCCAAAAGAUUUACGCUGAUUGUUUGGGAGCGAUUCCCGGGGCCACUCGGAUGCCAAGCGUGCUGGCGGCACAUCUGGCCUGAGCUAUUCCUGAGCUUCCAGCUCUUCACCGAUGGCAUCACCAACAAGCUCGUGGCCUGCUACACAGACGAGGGCAUGGCGGACGCGGUGCUGGUCCGUGUCUACGGCAGGAAGACGGAGCUCUUCGUGGACCGGGAGACGGAGCUGAGGAACUUUCAGGUGCUGCGUGCCCACGGCUGUGCCCCCGACCUCUACUGCGCCUUCCAGAACGGGCUCUGCUACCAGUUCCUGCCGGGCAUCGCGCUGGGGCCCGACCACGUGCGGGACCCCCACAUCUUCAGGCUGGUGGCCCAGGAGAUGGCCCGGGUACACGCCAUCCACGCCAACGGGAGCUUCCCCAAGCCCAUCCUCUGGCAGAAGCUGCACAAAUACCUCACCCUCGUGAAGACGGAUCUCAGCCCAAAGGUAUCCAACCCCAGCCUCCAGCAGGAUGUGCCCAGCCUGGAGAUGCUUGAACACGAGCUGGCCUGGAUGAAGGAAACGCUUUCCCAGCUGGGGUCCCCCGUCGUGCUUUGCCACAACGACCUGCUCUGCAAGAACAUCAUCUACGACGGGACACAAGAGCACGUUCGCUUCAUAGACUACGAGUACACCGGCUACAACUACCAGGCUUUCGACAUUGGAAACCACUUUAAUGAGUUUGCGGGCGUGAAGGAGGUGGAUUACCGCCUCUAUCCCAGCAAGGAGACCCAGCUGCAGUGGCUGCGCUCCUACCUGCAGGCAUACAAGCAGCUCACCCAGGGGAACCAAGGAGGCAUGGGGGUGGCCGUGUCCGAGGAGGAGCUGGAGGCUCUCUACGUGCAAGUGAACAAAUUUUCUUUGGCAUCCCAUUUCCUCUGGGCAUGCUGGGGCCUAAUCCAGGAUAAAUACUCUACCAUAGACUUUAACUUCUUAAGAUAUGCAAAGCUAAGGUUUAAACAGUACUUCAAGAUGAAGCCAGUGGUCACAGCCCUGCAGAUCUCUAAAUAGCAUCUCCAGCCUGUGAGACUCCGAGCUAUUUUGUCCUUGCUGCGUCCACAGCCCUCGCAUCCCCCUCGCCCCUUCCCCACCCCAGCCGGGGGCGAGGGCAGGUCCUGAUGGUGGGAAGGGGGAGGAGAGGAGCUCUGACCCAGCCACCGAUUAAAGGAGACCCUGGACAUACCUGAGACUGGACCGUGAGAUGCUAGAGAGGACCAGGGCCUCGGAGAGGCCCCUGCCUACCCAAGGAAGCCUUACCAUCGCCUUAACGCCGAGCCCCGGCUCGGACCCGGUGCCCAGCAGGUCCGUGCUUUGCUGGCACUACUGCUGCUUGGCCUGGCACCCGGUUUGCUCCCUCUGUGCUGUCCCCGAGGGGGGAAACAGGUUCCCCCCAUCUGCUCAGGACCCCCCAGAGCUGCCCAGUUGCUUUAGCCGCCCAACGCACACGCUGUGACCAUUGCCUUCACUGCUCCUUCUGUCCCCUCUUGCCCUGCCUGUUUGGUGCCACUUGGGCUCUCACCCCCAAACCAGCACCUUCUCUGGGUCCAUAUUGAUCCUGGGCUUGGGGCUGUCUCUGAGCAUGGGACCUUUUUUCCACGUGUGGUGGGUGCUGCUGCGCUCCGGCUCGGAUAGUGCAAAGGAGCAAGGGGCAGCAACAGCCACGAGCCACAUGGGCUUGGGACCAGGAGGCUUUUGCUGGCAGGCGCUGGGUGCCUGCAACCCCUGGGCUGUGCUCAGCCCGCAGCUGGCUCUGCUUUUCCCCAUGGCCAUGGUCUCCCAGAUUCCCAUUUGCUCCCUGCUCCCAUCGUGGCUUCCCUCGUAGCAUCCUGUGCUGCCGGAGCAAGGAGCUUCCAGCUCUGCCUUCCCCAUCACCCCCAGGGCCGGGGGGGUUGGUCAUGCCCCUUACGUGGGCACCAUCCCUGUGCUCCUCUCUUGGCUCUGUCCUUGCCUGGCACUCCCCGGCAGGAGGUUGAACGGAGCCGACCUGCUCCAUAAGCCGCACACAGCUUCAUCCCCUGUCACCACUCAGCUGCUCCCCCACCACAGGCUCUGCGAGGGUGAUCCUGGCCUGCUGAGCACUGUCCAGCUCAUGACAGUGGUUGUGCAUCAGCUGGGAGGUGGAAUCAGACCCCUCUGCUCCUACCUUGGCUGCUCAGCAAAGUGGUGUGGGGACAAGGUGGCUGUCCCCUCCGCAAGGGCACAGGAACCUGCCCCAGCAAGAACUGGGACUGUUGUUGCGUCUGGUGUUUGUUUUGGUGCAAAAUAAAAGCUGCUGGUAGCUGGAAA